CACGGAGCGAGAGGAGGAUGUGAGGCAGCCAGGAGGAGAAAAUAAAAAUUAAAAAACCUAAAUUUAAUUAAAAAAAAACCACUGGGCUUUUAUUUUGGCCUCACCGAAAAAAUAAAGGCAUGAGCGGCGCUUGGGAAGAAGAAGAAGGUCAUACCCUAGGGGAGGAGGUGCGACCGUCUCCUCCCUGGUCUGAGGAGCGCUGUGAAGAGCUGUGGGAUCGCGUGGAGGAAGUUCGUCAUAAGCUCACGCGUAUCCUCAACCCAGCUAAACUCACCCCGUAUCUGCGCCAGUGCAAGGUCAUUGAUGAGCAGGAUGAAGACGAGGUGCUCAACUCCACGCAGUAUCCUCUGCGUAUCAGCAAGGCUGGUCGCUUGCUUGACAUUCUGCACAGUCAGGGUCAGCGAGGCCUUCAGGCCUUCAUGGAAUCACUGGAGUUUUACCACCCGGAGCAGUACACCCAGCUGACUGGAGAGGAGCCCACUCAAUGCUGCUCUCUAAUACUGGAUGAGGAAGGGCCAGAGGGAUUGACACAGUUUCUCCUCCUGGAGGUACAGAAACUAAGGGAGCAGCUUCGACAUAGCCGUAUGUAUGAGCGCCGAGUUUCUCAGCGUUGCCGCGUGGCAGAGGAAGAACGCGGCCGUGCUGAACGUAAAGUUCAGGAGUUGCGUCAGGACCGGCUUCAGUUUGAGAGGGUGCGUCAGGACUGGGAGAUGGCGAGUCGAGAGCUGGGCAGGCUGAAGGACAGGCACCUGGAGCAGGCUAUGAAACUCUCCAGGGUGUUGGAGGAGCAAGGGGAGGCUUCAACCCGUGAAAGAGAGCUGCUGAGGGAGGUAGAGGAACUAAAGUCCAGGUUAACAGAAGCAGAGAUACAAGCUGUCUAUGCUCCAGACUCAACAGUAUUACCCAAAACAACCACUGUGCUCUCCAGUGGAGUCAGACGUUGUCCACCACCUUUACCACAGAAACCGCUGCAUCAUGAGAUUCGCAAAGGCAAAGUUGAAGAUACUGAAUCUCAGAUAAAGACCAAGGCUCUUGCCUCUGAUUUCACAGCGCUGAUGGAUAUCCUGCAGCAGGACCGCAGGGAGGCUGCCGAGCAGAGACAGGACCUUUGCGAUAUUAUCACCAAACUACAAGGGGAGCAACAGAGCAUUGAGGAGCACAGGGACAAGGUCACCUGUUUCUGCGCUUGGGAAGAAGAAGAAGGUCAUACCCUAGGGGAGGAGGUGCGACCGUCUCCUCCCUGGUCUGAGGAGCGCUGUGAAGAGCUGUGGGAUCGCGUGGAGGAAGUUCGUCAUAAGCUCACGCGUAUCCUCAACCCAGCUAAACUCACCCCGUAUCUGCGCCAGUGCAAGGUCAUUGAUGAGCAGGAUGAAGACGAGGUGCUCAACUCCACGCAGUAUCCUCUGCGUAUCAGCAAGGCUGGUCGCUUGCUUGACAUUCUGCACAGUCAGGGUCAGCGAGGCCUUCAGGCCUUCAUGGAAUCACUGGAGUUUUACCACCCGGAGCAGUACACCCAGCUGACUGGAGAGGAGCCCACUCAAUGCUGCUCUCUAAUACUGGAUGAGGAAGGGCCAGAGGGAUUGACACAGUUUCUCCUCCUGGAGGUACAGAAACUAAGGGAGCAGCUUCGACAUAGCCGUAUGUAUGAGCGCCGAGUUUCUCAGCGUUGCCGCGUGGCAGAGGAAGAACGCGGCCGUGCUGAACGUAAAGUUCAGGAGUUGCGUCAGGACCGGCUUCAGUUUGAGAGGGUGCGUCAGGACUGGGAGAUGGCGAGUCGAGAGCUGGGCAGGCUGAAGGACAGGCACCUGGAGCAGGCUAUGAAACUCUCCAGGGUGUUGGAGGAGCAAGGGGAGGCUUCAACCCGAGGAACUAAGUCCAGGUUAACAGAAGCAGAGAUACAAGCUGUCUAUGCUCCAGACUCAACAGUAUUACCCAAAACAACCACUGUGCUCUCCAGUGGAGUCAGACGUUGUCCACCACCUUUACCACAGAAACCGCUGCAUCAUGAGAUUCGCAAAGGCAAAGUUGAAGAUACUGAAUCUCAGAUAAAGACCAAGGCUCUUGCCUCUGAUUUCACAGCGCUGAUGGAUAUCCUGCAGCAGGACCGCAGGGAGGCUGCCGAGCAGAGACAGGACCUUUGCGAUAUUAUCACCAAACUACAAGGGGAGCAACAGAGCAUUGAGGAGCACAGGGACAAGCUAGAGUCACAGUGUGAGCAGCUCCAGCUGAAGGUGAGGAUUCUGCAGCUGGACUGGGAAACCGAACAGAAGAGGAGCUUGUCCUAUUUCAACCAGAUUAUGGAACUGGAAAAGGAGAGAGACCAGGCUCUGCGUAGUCGCGACAGUCUGCAGUUGGAGUACACAGACUGUCUGCUGGAUAAGAACCGUCUGCGUAAACAUAUCGCAGAGCUGCAAGCAAACUUGGAGCAGCUGCAGACAGAGCUGGAAAGGGAGAGAGAGAAGAGCCAGGAACAAACAGAGCAGCUCAGUGCCUGUCUGCAUUGUUCCCACCUGUCUCUGUGCAGUGAGGACCAGUGCUAUGGUCCCUGCUGCUCUGUGGGGCUUGACCUGAGCCCCCAUCUGCUGCUUAGAAAGAUGCCCUCUAGAGGCCAAACCAAUGAAAACUGUGAGGGUUCAUAUUCCAAUUCAGAGGAGAAUCUCCUGACAUCUUUAGAAACCAAUGAAAAGGAAAUAAAUCGUCUCUCCACGUUUCCUUUUCCUCCCUGUAUGAACUCCAUCAAUCGGCGAUUCAACACAGAGUUUGAGUUGGACUCCUGGGGCAGUGAUGAGAAUGACAACAUAACAGGUGAGCAGAGUGAACCAUCUUUGUGGAAUUCCUGGAACUCUCUUCACUCUCACCUCUUCCCCCCUGACUUAGUCAAGCUGCCUCCAGUCUCUCCACACAAACCCAGCCCCUGUGGUCCUCGGAUGCCCUCAUCCUCACCCUCUUCAAGUCCCCCCACACCUGCAAAGAGCAGAAAAGCUAGUCUUGCUGAUGACAUCACAAUAAUCGGGGGAAACCAAACAGGGAUCUUUGUCAGCCAUGUGAGAGCUGGUUCUCCAGCUGAGCAGUGUGGACUGCAGGAGGGCAGUGAGCUGUUGGAGCUGGAGCAAGUUCUCUUUGGUGGCGGCAGUGUACUGUUCCCUCAGUGCACUGGUGAGGUUGCCCAUUUUUCUUUGCAGUGGUGGACUGAGCCCUCCUCACUCAAGCACCAGAGCAACCCAGAGGCGUAUUCCAAGCUGUGCUCCCAGCUCUCAUCACCAAAUUUCACCGGUGCCGACUCCUUCUAUGUGCGUGUCAAUUUCAACAUAGAGGCUCACAUUGACCCUCCUUCAUUGGGCGUGUCUUGUGAUGACAUUGUUCAUGUCUCAGACACACUGUACAACAAAAAGUACAACUGGCGCUGUUCACUGGUGGACCCACGCACAGCCAAGCCCCUACAGGCAGGAACCUUACCCAGCUACAACAGGGCCCAGCAGCUGUUACUCGUGAGGCUACGAAAAUUGUCGGUGGAGCAAAAGGACUUCAAGAAAAAGUUCUUCAAGAAGGCAUCUGAUCGCAUACGACUGGUGAAGGCAGCAGACCCCCGUAUGGUUGGUUCUGCACAGCAGGUCCUUUAUACUCUCAGCCACCGUUAUGAAGAACAUUUACUUCCAUACAGUUUAGUGCAGCCAGUACACGUUCAGAUGAAGCGGCCAGUCAUCUUCUCUCCCUCUCUUCUUUCCCGUGGGCUCAUAGAGAGACUUCUGCAACCUGCAGAGUCUGGACUGAUCUUCAACACCUGCCCACCAGAGUGUAUCCAGGCAACAGAGAGGCAGGACAAGAGAGUAUUCUUGUUGGAUUGCUCCAAUCAAGAGCAAGAUUUGGGCAUAAGACUGAAGUCGAUUCAAGAUGUCAUCAGCCAGGAUAAACACUGCCUGUUAGAGCUGGGGUUGCCCAGUGUUGAGGGCUUACUGAGACAAGGGAUUUACCCUAUCGUUAUCCAUAUUCGACCAAAAAAUAAAAAAUGCAAGAAGCUGAGAAACCUGUUUCCACGUUGUGGCGAGGACAUUGUGAUGGAGGAGGCGUGUCAGGCUGAGGAGCUGCAGCUUGAGACUCUCCCUUUGCUCUACUACACCCUGGAGGCCAACACUUGGAGCUGCACAAAUGAGCUGCUGGCAGCCAUACGUGAUACGAUCCAUUGCCAGCAAAGGGCAGUGGCAUGGGUCGAAUUGGACAGGCUGCAGUAGUACAA